CCAACCAACGUGACCGCGUUGCGCGCCGCUCGACUCAAACCGCGUGACGCGAACGCAACAGAUCGUAUCCAGCAACGAACAGCGGAUUCCGAAACGUGCAAUAAAAAACGAUUGUGAUAAAAUCACGGAUUUCGCAAAACGAGACAUCUGACGAAGAUCUGCGCGAAGUUGAUAGUAAAAGUUGUCCUCGAAAAGCAAAGAGAGUGACGGAGAACCCUGAGAGUUCUGCGCGGUAUCGUGAAGAAUGCAAGGUUUGAUUUUGGGUACAGAGAACAUUUCGCAGUGCUAAAAUCGAUCAAAGUGGACUUUGUGCCUGGUAUCACGAAGACGCAGCUCUUCGAUCGACACAAUUUUACUCGAGCGAGAACGUUCGUUGCCCGCCUCUUAUCGCUUCGCCGGUCGAACAUUGAAAGAAACUGCGGAAGAGGACUGAUCAUAUUAGCGUGCAUUACUGCCUUGUGCAACCGGAUACACACGCGUCGCCCCGCGUCAUCGGUUCCCGUCGAAAGAGAAAAACACCGCGAUUAUUUGCCUAUCAGCAAUUCCGUAAUUUGAUCGUGAGAAGCAUCGCGAGGAAAAACCUAAGAGAAUAACAUCCGAAGAUAAAUAUUUGUGCCUCAUGAAACGGGCGCGUAGAAAACGCGAUAAAAAAACACCUUUUUCUUCUCACGAAAAGAAUUAAUACUCUGGAAAGAAAAUCUCGUUACAUUAAUUAGAAUUCUGAUAGGUUCAAAAGAUUAAAAAGAUACAAAUCCAACAUUGAUAAUUAAAUCUGUCCAACAUUCUAGUCGAGAUAACCCGAAGUUCAAUUACAGAACCAGAAUUUUGUUUCAUAUAAUCGGAAUUUGUACUUUUUGUUGGUACAACCAGAACAAUUUUCUUAGUGUGGUGACGUCUGUGUAUUCAUCAAAUAAACGAAUUCUAUUGUCAUUCAAAUAAUCCAUAAGCAACGUCGAGUUAUCUGCGAUAACUGCGCAACGUGCGCUCCCCGGGACGCCUGGCGUCGCCCCGCCAUUUUUCUCCGGAUAUUUAGCGGAAGUGGCCAAUCUGAUCGCAACUCCGACGCACUUGCUGAUGCGAUCGCUCAGCACGUGAUCUCCACGGCACGUGACGUAACGACGACAGGCGUCGCGACGCGUCUCGAGCAAUCAUCGUCGAGGGACCAUGUGGAGGCAUCGUUUCGAUUAACGCAUUCAAGAGUCAUCAAGAAGAUUAAGAGGAGCGAUGAUUAUCGGCAGCUGAAACGCUGAUAGAAAAACGAGCGGAAGCUGAUCGUGUGCAAGGAUUUAAGGGGGGGAGGGGGUUAUUAUGUUAGCAACAGGAUGUUUUCUGCUGAAGGUGCUGGUGCUGGCAGCAACGGUUAUCGCGCUCCUGCCAGAGGAUCUGGAGGAUCGCGUUCCGGUCAGUCUUCAGGAGGAAUGCGCUUCGAAAUGCCCGGACUUAGAUCUCACGCAGAAUCGAACGGACGACCUGAGUUCGGAGGUAGGAUGUGGCGUGAGAUGCAAGAUCGAUCAGUGUACAAAAGGCUGCGAAGCAUGGGAACAAGCGCUCGACACAAGCUGCCAAGCUGUUUGCAAUGGGACGCAAGAAUUGUUACCACCAAAGGAAUUAUACUGCGUUUUGGGCUGCCACGACGCGUUAAAUCGUUACUUUCAACAGCUCAAAGAUCUUCAUAGGGUCGGGCGCGUAGAAAGGAGGAUAUCCUGCGUUCAUCUCGUAGACCAACACACCAAAGCUCCACCAGUCGACAGCCUGGCCAUAGCCCUUUGCGGAAAUCGGACGUCGCUCAGCCUCGAAUGGAAAGGUGUAGACAUAGACAGACGCGCCGGCAUUUCAUACCUGGUGCAAUGGAGAUACGAAGAAUUAGCUGAGACGUGGCAAUAUUGCCGCAAUCAGUCAUGGGGCGAAGGUGAUCAGAUACUGGUCGAGAACCUGCAGCCGUACACAAAGUAUAGGUUUCGCGUAGCGCUACUCCUGAAAUCAUCGCAACACAAUCCAGAGCCGAUCGUCUCAGCACCGAGCGUGGUAAUAUUAACAUACGCGGCCGAUCUACCGACAUCAACACCGGUAAUUGUAAGAGCGGCAGCGGUAGACAGUUACCGCGUCUCUGUAUCUUGGGAACCAGGCCCAUUCCCGAACGGGCCACUUUUGUCUUAUGUCCUGCGUCUGCAAGGGGUUGAACACAAGGGGUUGAAUCAGCUUAAGGACAUUCCAGUCUCCGAGAAUACCGAUCACUAUAUGUUUCAAAAUCUCGAACCCAAUCAGAAUUAUUCUGUUAGUGUGACUAUGAGAAAUAGUGUCGGCGAGGGUCCGCCUGCAACUAUCUAUAUCUCUACGACUCCAGAACCUACCGUCAAGGAUACUCAACAACCGAUUCUCAUCCUCGGUGGUGAGCAUUUGGUCAUGAAACAGGGUGCUGAUAUGUUGGAUGAGCCUAGUGUCGUUUACGAAACCAAAAGUGUAAUCCGCGGCGUUGCAAUACACGUGGCAUCAGCUCAAUUAUUCGUUUCUACUUCGAUGGGUUAUGUAUACCGAACUUCGAUCAUCGAGCAAUCCAUACCGAAGGCCAUUUUGAUCCCCGACGGAGUGAACUUCAAACCUCUGAGCCUUUCCGUUGACUGGCUGAAUCUUCACUUGUACGUCUUAGGAGAAGUAAAACACGCGACAACCGCGACGUGGCAAAUAGCCAGAUGCAAUCUCGAUGGCAAGAGUCUGACAGUGGCCGUAGCUGGACUUUUAACUCGACCCUCGCAUAUCGAGAUUGAUCCUUACAACGGAUACCUUUUUUGGGUCACUAAAGUGGGACUGUUCAGAUUAGAUUUAGCCGUUAUCAGCAACGGUGUGAAACAUGAGGUUCGACCAGAUUUAAUUCUCGAAGAUGCUCAUUUGGGUGCUUUUACAGUAGAUCAUACGAAUUUUCGAUUGCUCGUUCCUGAUCACACUAAAAACACAGUGAUAUCUGUAUCGUUAGAUGGUCGCGAAGUUGUUAAUCUUCGCCCGAAUACGCAGAAACCGAAAUUCAAUAACGUUAUUUCAUUAGCUAUGGCAAAUGGACUGUUCUACUGGACUAAUGGCGAAGAGGUCCUCACUGAAGGCUAUCAUGCUGGUCAAAACAGAUAUUUCCACAACUCUUAUCCUGACAAGUCUGACACUUCCUUCGUAAGUGUGACCGUAUUGAUGAAUGCAAGUCAGCCGGUUCCAGUGCCAGUGAAUCCACCGACAGGAGUGCAAGCUGUUCUAGGAGCGGAAAGAGCAAAGGUUUCGUGGCAAGCUCCUCAUUUACUGGGCGGCCAAGGAAAGGGCGCCUGGCAAAACUGGUCAUACGAGCUCGAGAUUAAGGACGAAUCUACUGGCGAAACUAUUCACCAAAAAGGUAUCGCCGGAUCGUCUCAUACUGUUCAUAAUUUGCGAGAAAGAUCUGAAUAUUCCAUCAAAGCCGCGGCCUAUACCAGCUCUGGCAGAGGACCGUGGUCCACAGAGUUUCGAGGACAAACCUUAAGAACCGGUUCACACGCAUCUAUCUUGUGGUCGUCGAACGAAGGAAUUUUGAGAAGCGACGUAACUGGCGAAAAUAUCGACACGCUGGUUAACAAGGCGAGUCUAAAGGAGUCCGAAAACGAAUUCCAUAUUGUUGACAUUAGUUGGUACAAGGACGUGCUGUAUAUAGUGGGAAAUAAUUCUGCAUUGUAUCGUUAUAAUGUUAGCAAUCAUCAGAAAACAAAACUCAACAUACAUUCGGUGGGAAGCGUCGCUGUAGACUGGAUAUCGAAAAAACUAUAUUGGGCAAAUCCAAAACAGCAAAUUAUAACAAGAGCGAACCUGAAUGGAUCUCAGCAAGAGCCGAUGUCUAUCUUAGCAAUUGUAAAAGAACUCAUGAUUGACUCUCUUGAGGCGUACUUGUACUGGUCCACUGGUCACGCAGUGGAAGUUGCACGACUGAAUGGACAAGACAGGAGAUACUAUCAUUUGGAUGAAAUUUUCAAUGGAAAACAAGUGAUGGGAUUAACUCUCGACACUGAAAACAGAUACGUUUACUGGAUCGUUCGAAGUUACGAAAGUGGAUCCAUUGUCUAUCGUGCACCUACGUCCGAAAGAAUUUCAAUGAAUCAAAAAAUCAUCCCAGAAAAGAUUUCUGCUUUGCAACAUCCAAACAUGCAAGGACCUUUGUGCUAUUUUUCUGAGCACCUAUUGUGGCUACAGGACGACAGAAACGCAGUGAUCGGUGAUCUCUCCGGUCAGAAUACCGCGGUAAUCAAUGGAAUCACUUUGUCCAGCUUGUACAUGGUAGCCAUUACGGAUCCCGCGCACCAUCAGUAUCCAAAAAAUCUGACGUCAGAAACGGUGGUAGUUCUACCGAACGCAGUUGAUUUCGAUAGCAUAAGAGUUGAAGGUACUUGGAGAAACUUCAACAUAUCAUGGGACCCCGUGAAGAACAUCAACUACGGCACGGUUUUUUAUGAGGUGAAAUUCGCGGAUUACAUUAAUACGAAUUCAAAUCCGGAAAUUACGAUCGAAACGACAAUGCCAUACAACAAUUCGGAUCAGAUCCUGCCCUAUUCCGUUCUGGAAGUCACUGUAAAGGCAUUUACUUAUUGGGAAACGGCGCACCAUUCUCGGAAAAUCCUAAGAUCUCCACAGAGCGUACCGAGCCAGCCAACAUCUCCCAGAGCAUUCGUAGAGUUUAGCAAGAAAAACGUACACAUGGACAUGAAAGUUUGGCUGAUAUUUAGAUGGGAUCCGCCCGAGUUUACAAAUGGAGUAAUUCAAGGAUACAUUGUCGAAUGUUGGCAUAUCGUAAAUGAAAUGGAAAUAUUUAUCUGUAACAACUGCAGCAUCGAAACUACCACGCUGGAGUAUGCGACGUCUAAUGUAACAUCUAACAUGACCUAUUAUUGCAAAGUAAGAGCGUAUACUAAGAUCGGUGCUGGUCCUUACACGGAUCCUAUUAAUGUAUCGACCACGUAUGAGAAUCCGGUGCCCAAAUUAUUAGUCGCCACAAAUGACGCUGUGAGAUUGUCAGACUUGGAUAGAGAAAUCAAUAAUACGAUCACCAGGCACGUCGCGAAAGAGAUCGAUUACUUGGGAGAGGAAGAUAAGAUUUAUUGGAUCAGCGAAAUGCAGGAAUUGGUAACAUCAUUGACAAAUGGAACCAACGUGACAAAAAUACUCGGUCUAAAUAGAACCAAUACGCAUAGCCUCUGCGUCGAUUGGGUGGCAAGAAAUCUAUACUGGGUAGAAGGCGAAAACAAAGACAACAACAGAAACAGUUAUAUCAAAAGAUUGGAUUUAACAAUGUUGCAGGCAGGCAUAAUCAAGUACAAAAAUAUCUUAAGAAGAGGAGGAAGUAUUACAGUUUUAGAUAUCUUGCCAUCUCUGGGGUCUUUAUAUUGGAUUGAGCCAAAUGACAGUAUAAUGCAGUCGGAUUUCGAGGGAAAAAAUGUACAAUACUUUUUUGGAAAUAAUGAUAGCACGUGUACUUGUCCACAAAAACCAAAAAAUGUAUUCACAUUCACAAUUGACAAAACCAAUAUUCAAACACCAAUGAUGUAUUGGACAUCGGAUGAGAAUCGAUUAAACGUAGCUGAUAUUUACGGUUGCACAUGCAAAAUGAUAUUAAGAGCAAGUUCUAAUAUACGGAUUUUAACGGUCGAUAAAAUGAACAUAUACUGGUACGAUGGAAAAAAUCAAAUUCAUUUUUUGAGAAAGGAAUAUUUCUUCAUGGAAAACAAAGAAAAUGCAUCCAAUCCGGAAGUGAAGAAUUUCUACCUACCUAAUGUAAAUCGAAUCACAGCUUUUGGUACAUCCUUGCAACCCUAUCCCAUCAUGAAAUGCCUGAUACCCCGUCAAACGGGCUAUAAUGUUGAGAGGGUGAACGAAACAGCGAAUAGCAUCAUUGUUAAUCUUCCGGAACCCAAUCCUGAAUACGGAUGUCAAAAAUAUAGUUUACCCACUACGCUGUACACUAUCAAUGUGUCUCAUUGUUUGAAGAAUGAAUCCAGUAAGUGUGAGGAGAUCAAUGUGCAGACGUACGAGAGGCGUUACGAGAUUCAGAAUUUAAAGCCAUUCACGGAAUACAAGUUGAAAUUGGCACUAAGCAAUUUAUACGAAAAGACAUUGGAAUUCGGCGACGAGGUAAUGCUGAAGACCAGCGUGGGCAAGCCCAGCAGGCCGGAGAAUGUUACGAUUCAGGCCCUGACACCAACAUUGGCGGAGGUCUACUGGAUGCCACCCAAGAUGCUGAACUCCGCAGUGGUGCACUACGAGGUGCAUUGGAGGUCGAAUGAUCUUUUGCAGAAUGGUAUGCGACAGAAGGGCGAGCAGCUAAUCGAGGAGCCCAAACGAACGGCGGAUGGCAGGUUUUUCACAACGCUGCAGCCGUUGUUGCCAGGGCAGGAGUACCUGGUGUACGUACGCGUGUAUCCUGUCAAUUUCAAUGACUUUUACAACGACAGUCUCAGGCAACGCAUCCGCAUGUACUCAGAGCCAAAUAAUUUAAUAAUGAACGGAGUCAGCGUAAACAGCAUGAACAUGUCUUGGGUCCCGACCGUCAAUCUAACUAUUGGUUACAUAUUGGAGUAUCAGGACGUUGCAAUGGAGAAGUGGCAAGUCGUGCAACACGUUGAGGUGAACGAGGACCAAGUGAUGUAUUAUAUAGAACAUUUGCAGCCACGUACUUUAUACAAGUUUCGCUUGAGGCUGAAAUAUCCCAAGUAUCAAGAUUUCAUAUGGGAACCAUCCGAUGGAAGAUUUACAUUUCAAACACUCGGUGACGUUCCAAGCGCUCCAGGGGUACCUAUCGUAACAAAAUUCCGAAAUUCCGUGUAUCAGUUAAAUUGGGAUCCCGCGCAAGCUCAUGGCUCACAGGUGACUUUGUAUCGAUUGGAAGGCUUGGUCAUCGACGAUAGUUACAAGCAAGAUGACGAGAGUAAAGAGAACGAGCACUGGGAUUUAUAUUAUAAUGGAACGGACAAUUAUUGGAUAAUCCCCGGAGACGUGGAUCAAAAGUAUAAGUUUCGCGUGCAAGCCAAAAAUGCUUACGGUUUUGGCGCUUGGAGUAAAUCGAGCACGAUUAUUGAUCUAACGGAGUCUGCUGGAGGAAUAUUGGCUACGCAACAGCAUCUACCGCUGAUGCUGGGCCUCAUCGCGAUCGUUGUUACCAUAAUGUUCGUGUGCUUUUGUUAUUUUUUCUGCCCAGUGUACCGACAACGGAAAGAAGACAAGAAGACAGUUUUACCUCCGAUAGUGUCCGAUGUCGAAUUAGCGACCCUCCGCGAGAUCCCUCGCGGAAACUUCGUUCAAUCUAAUGCGCUUUACGCAUCUACGUUACAAAAUGAUCCGGAUGAUUCUGCACUGCCCAAAAUCAGACAAGAGCAAAUCACGCUGGCAAAGUUCCUAGGCAGCGGCGCAUUCGGAAAGGUAUUUCAAGGAAAUGCCAAGGAUUUAGAAGGACCGGGCAUAACGCCUGUUGCUAUAAAGAUGCUACGAAAGGACGCCUCUUCGCAAGAGAAGACAGAAUUUUUGCAAGAGGCAAGGCUCAUGAGUCAUUUUCGCCAUAAACACGUGCUGAGGUUACUGGGCGUUUGCUUGGAUACAGAUCCUCCGUUACUCGUGUUGGAAUUAAUGGAAGCUGGUGACUUGUUAAGUUAUUUAAGAGAGAGCCGGUCCUUGCAACUCACAGACCCGCACGCUCUGCGUCUGCAAGAUCUGCUCGCCAUGUGCGAGGACGUCGCGCGUGGCUGUCGCUACUUGGAGGAGUUGCACUUCGUGCACAGAGAUCUCGCGUGUCGAAAUUGUCUGGUGUCUGCGAGAGAUCGCGAAAAUCGUGUCGUGAAAAUCGGUGACUUCGGACUAGCCAGAGAUAUUUACAAGAAUGACUAUUACCGCAAGGAAGGAGAAGGUUUGCUUCCUGUUCGCUGGAUGGCACCGGAAUCCUUAGUGGACGGGGUAUUCACUUCACAGAGUGAUGUUUGGGCAUUCGGGGUGCUAAUGUGGGAAAUUACGUCAUUGGGUCAACAACCCUAUCCUGCUAGAAACAAUCUGGAAGUGUUACAUUACGUGCGUGCGGGCGGCAGGCUGCCGAAACCCCUCAACUGCCCUCCGACGUUACAUCAGCUGAUGCUGCGUUGCUGGAGCGCAGCGGACGCCAGACCGAGCUUCAAAAUUUGUCUCGAGAGCAUCGUCGUUCUAAGAAGUCACAUAGAAGACGCGGUGCUGAGCCCAGUGCAUGCUGGACAUUAUCUGGCACGCAGAGGCGUGUCUAACAUGGCUUACUUUGCUGACGAGAAUCAGAAUCAUAAUAAUUCAGGCAACUCGUGGAAGUCCAGUAGUUCCGAAGGAAGCCGAGACAUGCAACCUUUCUUACAAAACUCAAAUAACGCUACGCUCAAUCCGCAAUCCGGCGAGGCUCCGAAGUAUUUAGAAUUAUUAGCGGAUAACGAGGAUAUCGUCUUAAGGGAGAAUCCUACGAAUGGUUACGAAGUACCCCGCUCAAUUCACAUCUCGGAUCAGAACCUAGCAAAUAUAAGCAGGAUUAGUAGUACGAAUUACAAUCGUAAGAGCAGUCUGCCUACGGAGACUACAGAAGAGCAAAAGAAACGUUCGACGGAAGAACAGAAGCAGUUUGACAGAAAGUUGUUGUACAAAAGAUCAUCGAUCAUUAGUCUAAACUUACCGGAUCGAAAGGGCACGUCAGUUUCCGGAAUGCUGGAUAAAUGCAAUACCUUGGACAGCUCGAAAUCGGUGAACUCAAUCGCGAAAGCGACCCUGAAAAGGGACUCCUUCUCAUCCUUGAACGGUCAGCAGAAGUACAAGACCAGCUUGGGUGAGCGAAGGGACUCCGAGGCAAGCAUUGAGGGUAGAAGUUGUAGCUCGCAUAGCCUGGCGCCUUCCACACGUCCUAGUUCAUCCCUGAUCAAUUCGCAGACGGUCCUAUCAUCCCUGAAGAGCAACGCCGUCGUCUCGAACGCCGUGAAUGGGGAAGUGCCUUCGGGCGAGAGCGUAGUGACGAAGAGUAUGUUGCCGAAGGUCCAGAGGACUCACUCAAACUUGCAGAAUGGCAAGGCGAAUAUACCGCUCGUGAUAAACAGCACGUUGCUGAAUUUACUGCGGCCCGUCGUCGAAGACGGUAGCAACAUCGUCACGUAUACAAAUAUAAACGUGGACGCAGUCAGAGUGAAUGGAUCGUGAGUCGCCGACCGUG